GUGCGGAGGUGCGGGAGUAGCAAGGCAAUCGGUCGAUAUUCCUUUGUUCAUUCCGUCUCAAUUGUGUUUCCGCCUGACCAGCAGCGCUGAUACUCUACCCUCUCCAUUCAACUUGGCGCUGCCAUCAAGGUCAUGCAGCUCAUCCGCGCUUCUCACAAGCCCGAGGCGGCAUCACGGCAGCCUACUGAAACAUUUACGGGAACAGUACACAUGGACCCGAUCUUCACCGCAGAUGACUGCAUGGGCAAUAAUGUUUGCUUCACGCCGGGAGCCCGCACAUUCUGGCACUAUCACGAACGAGGCCAGAUCCUGACCGUUACAUUGGGCUACGGUUUGGUCUGCUCAGAAGGUCAGGCACCUCGGCGGUUGCAAGUUGGCGACAUGGUUCAUGUACCUGCGGGCGAAAAGCACUGGCAUGGUGGCACAAACACAACCUGCAUGGCACAUACUGCCAUCUCACUCGGCAGUCCGUGCGCCACUCAUUGAAAUGAACUCUCCUGCUAACACAAUAGGUAGAGACAACAUGGCUCGGCGAGGUAGACCAGGGAGAAUACGAGAAAGCGCACGAGUCUGCACAUUAGAUGGAACGUACGAUCUAAACGCG